CAAAAUUGCCAACACAACGAGAGACAUAGUCAGACAGUCUUCUGUGACGUUGGUACCUCUGUUAGUGCUAAUGUCCGCUAGGGUCACGAGUGCGCGCUAGUGAAUUGCAUUUUAUGCGAAUUAUUGAAUUAAAUUACGGAUUAGUUUCGUGUCAGUUCAAAUUACAGCAGAAACAUCAAAAAUGAUAACAGCCGUGAACGACUUUCUAGACGAUCUCCGAGGGGGAAGGAUGGCCGAGGCACCAGUAGUGACCGUGGAACAAGGACAGCUGCAAGGCCGCGUGGUGAACAGCCCCACUGGUAAAGCCUUCUACAGCUUCCAGGGGAUUCCUUAUGCUAAACCACCACUAGGAUCUUUAAGGUUUAAGUCACCCCAACCACCAGAACCAUGGGACGGCAUCCGCGACGCUACCGCAGAAGGAAACGUAUCCGCACAAAUCGACUUCCUUAAGAAAGAAUACAUAGGUGAUGAAAACUGCCUCUUCCUGAACGUAUACACUCCCAAUUUAGAUGGAGAAUUCCUCCCAGUCAUGGUUUUCAUCCACGGAGGAGGUUUCGUCUUCGGUUCUGGCAACUCCAGCUUAUAUGGAGGAGAUUACCUCGUAGAAAAAGAUGUAGUUGUAGUAACUCUAAACUAUAGGUGCGGAGUCCUUGGAUUUUUGAGUAUGAACACUCCAGAAAUCCCUGGAAAUGCUGGAUUAAAGGACCAGGUACAAGCUCUGAGGUGGAUCAAGGAAAACAUCCACAAUUUUGGAGGAAACAGCGGUAACAUCACCAUAUUCGGUGAAAGCGCUGGUGGAGUGGCCGUUUCACUCCUCACUGCUAGUCCAUUAACCAAGGGUUUGAUCAGUAAAGCGAUCAUUCAGUCAGGUAGUGCAUUAUCCAAAUGGUCUAUGCAAAAAACACCAAUUGAAAACGCAAGAAACCUAGCGAAGAUCUUAGGCUGCGAGUCUGACGACCCUGAAGAAGUUCUCGACUUCUUAAAUGCUACUUCUGCUAGGGAGCUGGUGGAAGCUCAUGAGAAACUAACACCUAUGGACUUAUUCCCUGAAGUGACCAACGCUUUUGGUGUUGUCGUUGAGAAGGAGUUCCCAGGGGUUGAAGCUAUUAUCACAGAGCCAUUUAUUGACCUACUAACAUCUGGUAGAAUAGCAGAAACACCAGUAAUGAUUGGAUCAACUUCCUUAGAAUUUGCUUUCGAGAGAAGGUCAGACGAUUUGCAAGCUUUCAUCCCAGAAGAGUUGAAUAUCGAGAGGAAUUCGGAACAAGCUUUGGAAAUCGCAGAACAGAUCAAGAAUCUGUACUUUAAAGGUAGCCAUACUGGUGUGGAGAGUCUUCCAGAGUACUUUGAGCUUCUAUCAGACAACACAAUCAAUGUAGAUACACAUAGACACGUACAAUACUUGAUAAACGUAUCCAAAAAGCCAAUUUACUAUUACAAGUUUGACUACGUCGGGGAGUUAAAUAUUUCCAAGAAGAUUCUGAAUACUUUUGGACUGACACGAGCUAUGCAUAUGGAUGAACUUGGAUACCUGUUCCGUAAUGACUUGCAGAAGGAUGUUGAACCAACAACCCUGGAUAUUAAGAUGCGGGAGCGAAUGUUGAGGCUGUGGACCAAUUUCGCUAAGGGCGGGAAUCCCACUCCUGACGAGAACCACUACCUCACCGUAACCUGGUUGCCAGUCACCAAGGACAACCUUUACUACCUAAAUCUAGGGCAAGAACUAUCCCUGGGCACAAAUCCAGAUAAGGAAAAGAUGGACUUCUGGGACAGUCUAUACAGCAAAUACUACAGAAUCUGGGACCAUCCAAGGUCAAACAACGAUGAAGUUGUUCUAAAAUCAUCAGAACCGAAAAUUAUCGAAUCUUACUCCGAAACCGUAACGGUAUACUCCGAAUCCAGUGCAUUCACAGAAUCCCAUACUUACGUAUCGGAGUCUACGGAGAUAGUUAAAGAGAAUAACGAAAUCGUUUCCGAGAAACACGAAUCCAUCACUGAAAAUAACGGAGAACCGGUUGAAACAAACGAAGUUGUCGCUGAAGUUAGCGAAAAUCACGAAGCUGUGGUAGAGAACAACGAAGCUGCGGUAGAAAACAACGAAACCGUGGUAGAAAGCAACGGUACUGUUGAAGAAAAUAACGAACCUAUCGUAGAAAAUAAGGAAGGUGUGGUCGAAAACGUCGAAGUUGUAGAAAAGAAUGAAAUAGACCAUCCUAAAGUUGAAGAAAAAAUCGAAGAGCCGGUCAAAAUUGAGGAAAGCCAUCCAACUCCUGUAACCGCUGUACUGAACGGUGAUCGUAAGGUCCAGCCGAGGCCUUCGAACGAGAUCAAAAUGGUUUCAAGGUCAAACGGAGCUCCUAAAGACGUGAUUAGGGCAAAUGACCCACCCGAAGAUGAUCUGCCCAAGAACAUUGGAGUGAACAAAUUCGUCAAUUUCUUUGAAUCACUCGGUGGUAAGAAGUAAAUGAUAGUCAUUUAGAUGUAUUCCAUUUUAUUUUGGAGUGAAUUUCAUCUUAGAAACAUUUGCGUAUUUAGUUGUGUCUAUUUAAAUUAAAAUAUCACC